CACACCCAUCUUCCUUCACUUCUCUCGUUGCAACUUGCUACCUCUUCUGGCGACGCAGCAGAGAGCACUGGACUGAUCGAUCGACGCGUACGAAUCUGAAUAUAUCUCACAAAAUGGAGAACCAAGCUACUUUUAAAAUGGUGUUGUGCGGUGAUGGUGGUACAGGGAAAACUACUUUCGUCAAACGUCACUUGACCGGUGAAUUUGAGAAGAAAUACAUCGCCACUCUCGGUGUCGAGGUUCACCCUUUGACAUUCCACACCAACUUUGGAACCAUUUGCUUCAACGUCUGGGACACUGCAGGCCAGGAGAAGUUCGGAGGUCUGAGGGAUGGAUACUACAUUCAAGGACAAUGUGGAAUCAUCAUGUUUGAUGUCACCUCUCGUAUCACCUACAAGAAUGUCCCAAACUGGCACAGAGAUUUGGAGAGGGUCUGUGAGAACAUCCCCAUCGUGCUCUGUGGUAACAAGGUCGAUGUGAAGGAACGUAAAGUUAGCACGAAGGGAGUUACAUUCCACCGCAAGAAGAACAUACAAUACUACGAAAUUUCGGCGAAGUCCAACUACAAUUUCGAGAAACCUUUCCUCUGGCUUGCCCGCAAGCUGGUCGGUAACCAAAGUCUGGAAUUCGUUGCCGCACCUGCUCUUGCGCCUCCCGAGGUGCAAGUCGAUCCUGCUCUUAUCGCUCAGUACGAGAACGAGCUCAAACAGGCGGCGAAUGCGCCUCUGCCGGACGAGGACGACGCCGAUCUCUAAAACCUUUAUUCCUUGCCGCCUUCUGCCUGUCUCCAGAAUGACCCCUUCAUGACCCGGGAUGUUUGUGGACGUCGUGUGAACGAGCGGAUGAUAAUCGUAGAGUAGAGCAUA